AUGACCGUGGGCAUGCUGGGCAAUCUCUCCCUUCUUUACCAUCAACUCUUCCUUCACUGCGCUGGGUGCCGGCUGAGGUCCAUAGCCUUGAUUCUCAAGCAUGUGGUCCUAUCCAACUCCUUGGUCAUUAUCUCUAAAGGGACUCCCCAGAUCGCCUUGGCUUUUGGGUGGAAACCCCUCUUCACCCAUGCAGGCUGCAAGUUCCUCCGGUACAUGGAGCGGGUGGGCAGGGGCAUGUCCAUUGGCACCACCUGCCUCCUGAGCAUGUUCCAGGCCGUCACCAUCGGCCCCACGGGCCCCUGCUGGAAGAGCUGGAAAACAAAAUGCCCCCAGUACCUCGGCAGCUCCAUCCUCCUUUGCUGGGUCCUGUGCCUGUCGGUAAAUGGCGUCUUCCCUCUCUAUUUGUCCUAUGCGCCCAGCAAAUGGAGCAGUAAAAACAUGACCAGGGAAAGGGAUUUUGGAGACUGUUCCACCAAAGACCACGAUGACACCACAAACAUACUCUACACGUUGCUCGUCGUCUUCCCUGAACUUUCAUUCUCCCUGCUCAUCCUCUGGGCCAGCGGCUCCAUGGUUCUCUUCCUGCACAGGCAUCGGCAGCGGGCACGGUGCCUUCACAGGACGCGUGCCCACUCCAGAUCCUCUCCCGAGACCAGAGCCACCCAGAGCAUCCUCGCCCUGGCGAGCACCUUUGUGGCGUUUCAUACCCUCUCCUCCAUCAUCCACGCUUGUGUCGCCCAUUUUCAUAAUCCCGGCUGGUGGCUGGUGAACCUGACUGCCUUUCUCUCUCGCGAGAAGCAGAGCCGCCAACAGGCCAAAGCCAAAACCACGGGCUACGGCCACAGCUAG